UCAGGCAAGCGAGCAGACAGACGGUGGAAUUCAGUGUAGAUUGGCUGGUCGCGACGAGCGUUUGUUGUUGGUUAAACACCGGGUAGUUGUAUUACUGGGAUUUUACGGACGGACAAGUUGGUCGAAUAUUAAUCGUGUGCUGCAGGUUACGUGUUAAAAUUGCGUGUACAUCGUCGCGUUGAUGGUUGAUGCGCUACAUCUGCUGAUGUGACGGAAGAGGAAACCUCCAUCGGUCGUCCCGUCGUCGUGUAAUUAUACUGCAUGCUCCGGCUGAAUGCAGACCACGUUCUGGAUAACUGUUUGAGAAGAUGUAAUAACAAAACGCCAGUGCUUUGGUAAAUUUUCGGAAAUCAAAACAAUCGUAAUUUCCCCAGCGACGGCAACGGCCCACACCACGUGCAGAUGAGCUGAUGUCAAACGAGCAGAUCCCACGGAAUACUCUAGUCUUACAGAAACAUUAGUUUCAAUUAACUUUGACUUCGGUUCUCGAUUCAACUCAAAGUUGGCGAGUGUCAGCCGCAGUCAUUGCUGCACAAACAAGCCAAUUCAAAUGAAACCACCACGAAAGCCGAGGAGGAUCAGACAAAAACGAAGGAAACAGUAAAGUGUGUUCCACUUCCCCCUUCUACCCAGAAACAGAAGCAAACUUCGCUCAAAACGUAACGCUUCCGUCCACAUUAGCCUCAACAUAACAAUAAAACAGGACUUAACGUCGCGCACAAGACUACCGACUACCCUUCCCAUCUGACCUGACGACGUUCAAAAUGUUGCAACCGGUAUUGCUGCCGACGUCUUGCGGGAAGAAGCUAAUCGCCCUGCUGCUGGUGGAGCUGUUGGCGGCCACAUUGGUUGUCGGAUCCGUCGCGUCGACAGCGCCGCAAAAGUACAAUCCCAACGCGGUGCGGAUUAACAAGUGCUGCGAACGGUUCGAGGUCAUGCUCGAUGGCAAGUGCAUCGUUGCCGAGAGCAUCAAUGAGACCGCUUGGGUGCCAGAGUUCACCGGUCGCAAUGGCCAGCAAAAUGUCCAGGUGGAAGCCAUCCGGUACAUCAUCGGAGCCCCCGACUGUGGCAGCAUGCAGAAGUGGCCCAUCUUCCACUACGAAAAUAGUGAGGAUAAGUUGAUUCUCUUCCCGGACGGUAAGGUGCGACACUUGAUACUGGACCCUCACGCCCGGAAUGAACCGGAAGACGAGUGGAAUCACCUGUAUACGGCCGGCAUCCAUACCGAGGCCCCGUUCCAGUACGACUACGAACAGGGCCAGUACUGUUUGGACAAGGGUCUGAGUAACAUCAAAAAAGAAUCGGAGGGAAUAUAUGCCACUGUGUGCUCACCGGAGAAGGCCAUGCGAUGGACGGACACGGACUUUUUACUGCGGAAGAUUAUUAACCCGAUAUGUCACGGGAUGGCGAUCGUGAUACUGCUGCUGGUGGCAAUAAUCUACUUUGUGCUGCCCACGUUAAGGGACCUGGUGGGCAACAUCGUCACCUCCAUUACGGUGUGCCUGAUCAUCAGCCAAGCGGCGGACCUGGUCCGGAUAUUCACCGAAUUUGGCAAUCACGUCAGCUUCGUCAUAGCGGAUUCGUUCUUCUACAUCAGCCUUCUGGCCGCAUUCUUCUGGCUUAACAGUAUGGGUUACUACAUCUGGAAAACUUUCCGGGCACGAAAUGUCUUCCUACGGGUCACCGAUGGUCGGAAGUACUGUUGGUACUCCGGUUACGCUUGGGGUGCCACGGCUACCAUGGCAUCGGUGGCGAUAUUCUCGCACUUCUUCCUGGACGGUCCGAACGCGAAGAAGAAUUCCAGCAUCUUCGAAAACCAGGACAACAUCGGUUGGUUAGGCAUUGCCGUAUUUUUCACCCCGAUUGCCUUUAUCAUUCUGAUAAACAUCUUCUUCUACGUCACCACGCUGAAGUUCAUCAACCGGAUGAACACUUACGGCCGGAUACACCACAAACUGAGGGGAAACUUUGUAAUGUUCUCGCUCAUCUUCAUGAUCAUGAGCAUCUCAUGGUUGUUCCUUAUUCUGUCCUGGCUUCACUAUGACGCCCUGCUCUACACCCACAUCAUCGUCAAUGCUCUGCAGGCGCCAGUCAUCCUGUACGUUUGUGUCCUCCGGCAGAAGCACGUAACCUUUCUGCUGAAGAAAUCCUGCUGCUACAAUGAACCCCCGCAAACGUCGGACUGGGGCGAUGAAAUGACCUACAUGAACGGAGGCGAUUACUGACCCGGAGCUUCCGGCGGAAGUCGUCGUCGAACCAAUCUCGUCGAGAUGGGCAUCUUUAGGAAAGAAUCUCCUCCUCUUCCCGCCGCCGAGAGAAAAUCGACGGACUCGAAGGAGCAAAAUGGAAACGGAAAGUUAACACAUUCCUCUGAAUCUAAGAUUUGUGUAGUUGCCGGAACGGAUUAACAUUAUUCACCGUGGCUACACGAGAAAGAUAUUCUAAGUAUUUCACAGUUUAGCUUUAGCAUUAGGUGCGCUGUUGUUCAAAGUGAAAUGUUGUGUCUUUGCGAAGCGAUGAAAUCGAAUUGAAAUCUACGACGUGUUGUUAGAUUAGUGUUAAGGAAGACGUAGCUUAGCUCUUAGAAUAAAUGUAAACACUCAAAAAUGGUUGACUAACAUUUACAAAGACUCAGUAGUAGGAAUAGUGAAGUAAGUAGGAUAACAAGACAAGUGCUUAGUAUAACAAAUAAC